AACCCAAUGCCGCGUUCUUUAAAUUUUCAAAUCCCAACAAUUUCUCUUAAACCCGAAAACCCCCCAAUAUGGCCAACUUUCACACCUCUAAAUCCGAUUACGACCACCACCACCACCACCGCCGUCACCGCAACCACCACCACUGCAAACACCAUCCAAAUCACCACCAAUCUCCUGGUGUUUGUUCUCUAUGUUUAACCGAAAAGCUCUCGCGAAUUCUCUCCACCGCCGGUUCAUCGCGUAAUAAAAUCUCUAGUUCUCUUUCUUCUUCUUGUUCCUCUUCUUAUUACUCCUCUUGUUCCUCUUCUUCUUCUUCUUGUUCUUCUUCGCCGAAGCCUUACAAUUAUUACAAUUCGGAUAAUCAUCGUCGUCGUAAGAAGGCUUUUGUGUUGUUUUCUGCGUCUUCGAUCUUUAAGAAGAGUAAAUCGAUGGCGAGAUUGAAACGAGGAACGACAACGGAGAGUGAUUGUGGAAAGAAGAGUAAUAAUAAUGACUUAGGGUUUUGGUCGAGGUUUCUGAAUCGACCGAGACCGAAGAGGAUGGAAUUUCAGGAUGUUUUGAUGCGUUCGAGAACUGUUGUACACAGGAACGUGCAUGGAUGAACAUAAUCGUCUUUUGAAGAUUCGCUAAGAUUUUAUGAUUAUUUCUUCAUUUUUUUGUUUCCACUUAAACAGAUGCAAUUAGAUCGUUGGGGUUUGAGAAGAAGACUUUUGUUUGUGUAAAUAUGUAAUUAAAAUCAUACGGAUCAGAAUUGGUGAAGAUUGAAGAAAAGCACUUACGAUUAUAUCUAUGAUUAUUGUUUUUUGGAAUUUUAA